AUGAAUGUCGAAAGGUGGAAACGAAGGUCGUCUUCCGGCCUUACCUUGAGCACAACCACGACAACGAGCCAUCAUGAUGCCAAGACACUCCCUCAACCGACCGAGAGCAAGGCUCCUCGGGUCCUGACCCGCGCGCUUCGAUCUUUGAGUAGCUCGAGUAUGGAUUCCAUAGCUGCCACCUCGACUAGAAGUAAUUCCAUGCGCAAGCUACAAAAGACUCCAUCUUCCAACUCCUCUUCCAUGAUCGAUCGCCUUCAGAGACGGGUGUCCAAGGACUCGCCGGUAUCCGACCGUCCAGGGAGCCCAACCGAGCAGUUGCAGCCGUAUUCAGCUAUGGAAGUGCUUCAAUGCGGAUCACUCAAGGCAGAUAUAUCGCUCCUGAAGGCGAAAUCCGAAUACCUGGUCCUGUCCGAUCAGGUCUUGGUGAAAUUCAACAACGGCGAUUCUGCCCGAGCAGCUUUCCCUCAGCUCUAUGGAAAACCUUCGGACGGCCACAGCUCGCCAGCACACCACCAGCCUACCACGAAACUUUCCUCUGGCGAUGUGCGUUUGGAGAUUCCGCUUCGUUCGGUUGUUGCUGUCUUCAACGAUGACGGCGCUAGUAACAGAUCUGGCAUCGAGAUCUGGUGGUUUUCGCCCUGGCCCAAGCUGGCUUAUUCCAAGGCGCAUUUCUACUUUUCCCUGCCCAAGGAGCGAGAUCUUUGGCUGGCUUCGAUUCAUCGCGCAAUCAGGGCAAAGUUAAGGAAGUCUUCUGGCGGCGCGUUGAUCUCGGAUAAUUUGAGAGGCCGCAUAGAUCACAUUGUUCGAUCUGCUGAGGGCUCAGUAGAUGCUGGCUAUCAGAGCAUUAUUUUCCCUGUCGCCAGGCGAGUUUUUGGUGGUGGUUUGAAGGGUGGCACAACGGAAGAGGCACCAGACAAUACGGAUAUCUCAUCAUUCUAUCUCAUCAUCGGCCCGUGUAUGUGCCAUUUCGUCGAAGUCCUCAAGGCUGACCACGCCACCGCCCCUGGCGAUUUGCGGGUAAAGGCCGUGUCAUAUGGCACCGUUACUUUGACUCGCUUUAGAGCAUCUGUGGCAUCACACGAGCACCGCUUUGUAAUGUGUUUCAGGUCUCCGUUUGGCCGCGAGUCUAGAAUCGAUCUUGCUAGCUCACAGUAUCGACGUAUCAUUGAAACUCUGACAAAAGCAGACCGUAUCUUGAAACCAAUGUGGCCGCAGCAUUUUCAACAGGUUAUAUUUGAUAUCAAGGGACUUCCACCUCCACUCCAGCUAACGUCCGGAAACGAUCUUGGUGGACUAAAACGGAGCUUAGAAGCCUAUUGUGCCGCAUAUCAAGUCCAAGUACCGAAUUGGACUAUUGACUGGAGUCCUCCUCCUCAACCCGCCUUUCGACUAUUGCCUUCCAAUGGCCCGGCAUACUCCCCCAUGCAGCUCCUUGCCGUUUUCCGCGCCUUGCGAUACAACAGUUUCUUCAAAGCUAUCUCUUUCCGUGGUGUGGAUCUCUCGUCACUCUCCGGUAGGAAUGACAAGUCACAGUACGGUGAUUCUCUGGCCUACAAGUCUCUGAACGGCAUGACAAUAUCAGACGAGCACCACGAAAUCUUGCUCCAGUCGACCAUUCUGGAACAGGAGAUUCAUGCUCUGCUCUUUGCAUCUGAAUCCAUCCGAAGUCUUGACAUGUCCAAUGUGCUAGGCCUAGGGAGCAAAGGCAACAGGUUGAGUCGAUAUCAGUACGACUUGACAAGCCUUACAAAGACGACAUCAGAGAUUUUGCGACCUGUGUUGGAGUUGUUGCGCCGACAACUUUGCGUUUGUCACAGUGUCUCGCUAGCUGGAAAUCCAAUUGCAACUGGAGAUUUGGACGAGCUAGUCAACGUUUUGACAUUGGAUCCGGUCCACCUGCGCAGACUCGAUCUAUCUCGAUGCUCACUUGGCGAUUCUGGUCUCACAGAGCUUUGGGUAAGCCUUGCUGGCCAAGCGGACUCUCUUGAGUGGAUAGACACAUCGCACAACCAAGGGGUUGUCCGCUUUGAGAUUAUUCAGAGCACUUUGAGUGGAAUGAGACGGCUUUCCAAGCUGAAAAUUGCUGGAAAUACUCGUAUCACGUCAGAGGAGUCUUUAUUCGAUGAGGGGACAAUGCAGAAUUGGCAGCUCCGGGAGCUGGAUCUCUCCGGCAUCAUGCUAAACCCUGCCACAAUUGACAUUUUGUCGAACUAUCUAGAAACUGAAAAUUCGAGCGGUCUACACACGAUGCGCCUCAACAACUGCGGGUUGACAGGCGGCCAGCUUGCACGGCUCUUUUAUGCCAUGGGCCGAGCAAGGCCGGUCGAGCUGUAUAUUAACUGUAGCCGCCUGGACGAGGGAAUUGACGACUUAUGCACGGCUAUCAGCGAAGGUUACGGCCCCUGGUGCCUUUUCGCGCAAAUGAUGGAAUUUGCUGUCGAAGUCAACUACAUCAAGCUGCUCAAGGCGCUCACGGUCAACACGUCUAUUGAGUGCCUCAGCCUUGCAGGAACGUCAACGCCGGACGCCGCCAGCAGUACUGCUUGUCAGGCCAUUGCAGACUUUUUCGCUAAGAAUAACACUGUCCGUUUCCUGGAUCUUUCAGGAUUCGAUUCAAAGCUGGAUGAGGGCAGGCUUGGCCGAGAGUUCUCCAAAGCACUCAUCGGCUUGCGGACAAACGAGAGCAUCGAGCACCUACGUGUUCGCAGCCAGAUGCUGAACAUAAACAUUGGGGACUUGGCAGAGGCCAUCUCCGAGAACAAAACUCUCCACACCUUGGACUGUGAGGGGAAUGACUUCAACCUUUCCAAUUAUAGACACCUCGUCACGUCACUGGACCAAAACACGACCAUCCGCUACUUUUCUGCGUUCUCUCAACAAGAACUCAAUAAAGCCACUGCCAAGUCGAUGGAAACGGCGGCAACCGCUGCUCCGGUACGCAGGUCUUCAGUCAUUUCCAGGUUCAAGCCUGACAAGGGCACGAACGGGAAUAGCAAGCCAUUGGUGCAGCGACUAAAGGAUGAAUGGGAUACCGUUGGGUCAGAUUUGGCACGCAUUCUGCAGCGAAACCAAAUCAUCUUUGAUCAGGAGAACAAUGCUGAACAAGAUGAGAGUUCUUCUCAAGAGUACCACAGGAGCAAUACCGCAGAAAUGACCUUGUGCGCAGCUUUUGGCGGAUUGCCACUGAAAGAUCUGGAGAGCCAAAGGGUCAAGGGCGUUCGUAGCUCGCAGGACUCGCAGCAGGCAAUUUCUGGAGACUUGGCUAUCCGACGUCACAGUCGGUACGGAUCGAUAGGCUCCCGGGAAGUUGCAACACGACCAGUGUCUAUGAUUUCGAGUGAGGUGGCUGUUAGCCCCUCGACUGAGGAGGCCAGCAACGGAUCAGGCGGAAUACCAACGCCUCCGGAACUCGACAGCCCCAUUGAGCCGGAGUUUGGACUGGCUGCCGAGAUAUUUGCGUCAACCAUCUUUGACGAGCCUAAUUAUACGUAUUCGGAUGGGCACGAGGUUGACGAUGGAUUGCAAAUGAAGAGAUAUAGGCGCUACAUGGGCGAUCCGACCAGCCGUAUCGACGAGGAGGAUGGAGCAAAUGAUACGGAGUCAUCAUGA